CAAAGGAAUUAUCGGCUUAUAAAGUAUCCAAACCAUUAGGAAGAGGAGAUGUGCGUGUUUGUACGAAUAUUGAUUUUAGGCUAAUUCCCUUAAUUAUAAUAAUAAUUCUUGAACAGUAAAAAAUAAGCAAAUGUAUGAAUUAAGCUGAACAUUGGAAACUGCUCAUACACCCAUUAAUUGUUUCAGCAGAAAUAAGAAGAAAGUUCCUAUAUAUCGCAUGCCCCCAAUCCUAAUAUUAAAGGAAUAAUACGUAAUUUUCUCCCCGAUUUAACGUUUAUAAUCUUUUCUUGAUUCUGUUCCAAUCUUAUGGCGUGCAUAUACAUAAACUUCAACUUUCUCCGUCGGUCACCUUAGGACGGCCUCCCUUCAUUCUCUUUCACUGAUUCUCGCAAGGUACCUAAUCUUUUCUCUCUGAUUUUAUCUAUAGAUUAUUACAUACGGUUCUUCCAUGAUAUAUUCUCACAAAUUAAUCCUUUUCAAUUAAAUCAACCGACGAAGUUGCAGUUUCCACAAAGACUUUAUCCCAUCAAUGGAUUAUCAUCACGCGAAUUUGUGUUGUGUUCUGAAAGUGCACUCCCGUUGUGAGGCAUGUAAGAGGCACACAAUGGAAGUACUGAGUUCUCUUGAUGGUGUCUAUGACGUCACAAUUGAUGCAGAAGCAAAAACAGCCAAGAUUGCAGGCCAAGUUGAUCCUAACUAUUGUAUUAAAGCUUUAGCAAGGUGCGGGGUACAUGCAGAGCUGAUAUGGGCGAACCUCAGUCAUCCAAGAAUGAUAAAUAGAGGUCCAUAUGAUUAUGAUUAUGGCUCAAACAAUUACAACUAUGGCCAACGAAGAUCGUUGCCUGAAGGCAUGUGGCACGAGAUGCACCACCGUUAUCCAGGGAGGAAUGCUCUGCCAGAAUAUUCUUACCACACCAACUACUACUAUGAUGGAGCUAGGCAUGUCCCUUCAUAUCCACCACAUCUUGACUACAAUCCAUAUGUUGAUGAAGAGUAUAUGAAUUUUUGUAGCAUAAUGUGACUGCAUAUUAAUUCUAGUU